CUCUCGGCGAAGGGACGUACAGGCGGACGCGGGGGAAGAGCACACUCGAGACGCACAGAUCCGUACUGGUUCGAAGCCCUUUUCACUUCCACGGGAGAUCAUCCGGAGCAGCUCCGAGGAUGUUUGCGCGCUGUGUUGGGUAAAUAAAUAUCAGGACGCACAGCACACCCACGUUGCGUAUCCCACCCACCACCCCCUCCACACAAAAACACACAACCUCUCCGCGGCGCGCAGGAACAAGAAGAACCGGGAUUGUGCCACUUCGCCGCCGCUUGUGCGCGCUGCCUGCUUGGGGAUCCGAACACACGGGGGUUGUAGCUGAAUGACACGCAACGUGGUCCGCGUUCAAUCCAGCGUGUCAUCCAAAGGGGAGAGCUCAUCUUGAAGGGAAGAAGAAGGCAGAGUUGAGAUUGGACCGGAGCGACGGACCGAGGUGGACCAGUCCCGCUUCCCAGUUUCAGCCCGACGCAGAACUCGCAACGCGGUUUGUGUUCUCGACUCGUUCACUUGUGCAACGUGUUUAUGGAUUGCUGCGCAGCGACGAGCACCGGGACUUUCAGGCUAUACACGCGCACGCACCGAUCACGCGGAUGCCUUCCUGCGAACUUUGAUAGAUGUUUGCAUUAAUGACUCACUGAUAAAGAAAAAGCGAUUUAAAACAAACGAGCUCAGAUAAACUCAGACUGACCUCUGGAGGAAGUGGGAAGCGCCUUUUUUCGUCCGUCCUCUUUUUCCUCUCCAAGACGUCAGGACGGAUCUCUAUCACCCAGUCUGACUCUGCUCUCUGUGAUUUAAAACAAAGACCAAAAAGUGUUGGGAGGAUAGCAUGGCAAUGGUAGUAAACCAGUGGCCAGAGAACAUUUCCGCAGAUCCGGGGUCGCAGCUCCAGAUUUGCGGCCAAGAGCCCGGCGGGGCACCGGGGACCCCCAACGGUUCCACCCCGGGGAACGAUGCACUUUCCGGGGACAAGAUGUCCAACGUGGACUGCAUGGUGUGCGGGGACAAGUCCAGUGGGAAGCAUUACGGCCAGUUCACCUGCGAGGGAUGCAAAAGCUUCUUCAAGCGCUCGGUGAGGCGGAACCUCACGUACACCUGCCGGGGGAACCGAGACUGUCCAAUCGACCAGCACCACCGGAACCAGUGUCAGUACUGCCGGCUGAAGAAGUGCCUGAAGGUGGGCAUGCGGAGAGAAGCAGUACAACGAGGACGCACAUCGAACUCCCAGACCAGCCCUGGACAGUACCUGACCAACGGCACCGACCCGUACAACGGCCAACCCUACCUCUCCGGGUUCAUCUCUCUGCUGCUGCGCGCCGAGCCCUACCCCACGUCCCGCUACGGGGCCCAGUGCAUGCAGGGAAACAACCUGAUGGGCAUCGAGAACAUCUGUGAGCUGGCGGCCAGGCUGCUGUUCAGUGCCGUAGAGUGGGCCAAGAACAUCCCCUUCUUCCCGGACCUGCAGCUCAUGGACCAGGUGGCGCUGCUGCGUAUGUCAUGGAGUGAGCUCUUCGUCCUCAACGCCGCCCAGUGCUCCAUGCCGCUGCACGUGGCCCCUCUGCUCGCCGCGGCCGGCCUGCACGCCUCGCCCAUGUCCGCAGAGCGCGUGGUGGCCUUCAUGGACCACAUCCGCGUCUUCCAGGAGCAGGUGGAGAAGCUGAAGGCCCUGCAGGUCGACACGGCCGAGUACUCCUGCCUCAAGUCCAUCGUGCUCUUCACGUCCGAUGCUAUGGGUCUGUCAGAUGUGGCCCAUGUGGAGAGCAUCCAGGAGAAGUCCCAGUGCGCCCUGGAGGAGUACGUCAGGAACCAGUACCCCAGCCAGCCCAACCGCUUCGGACGCCUCCUGCUGCGCCUCCCCUCCCUGCGCAUCGUCUCCUCCCCCGUCAUCGAGCAGCUGUUUUUCGUGCGCCUGGUCGGCAAGACCCCCAUCGAGACUCUGCUCCGCGACAUGCUGCUCUCGGGCUCCAGCUACAACUGGCCCUACAUGCCUGCAGUGCAGCGCGAGCGGCCCAUCUCCCUCCACUAUAACGAGAACGGCCCCUGAGGUGGAGCGUCCGACCGAGGAGAAGCUGCGGGAGAGAAUAUUUCAGGCUCUGCUACUCGUCCAUCCAUCUUUACUUCUCUUCAUUCUCUGCGUUCAGUUUCUCAGCUCUCCCAGAGGAAAGGCGCCUUCCUCUCCAUUCCACUCAAAACUCCGCCCUGACGGUGCAGUCAGCUACCGUCCAGGUCACACAAGCCAGCCAAUCACACGCCUCGGGCCGCUGCAGGACCCUGCUGGCCCGCCGCAGCCCCAUCGCUCGAGCUGGACUGGUUGGUAGAACGGGUUAUUGCACAGUUCACCAGCAGGUCUGUUGGACUCGCUUCAGAUGUCACUCUACAAACCCCCCCGAUGCAAACAGAGGCUGCAAAAGACAAUAAAGAUUUGCUCCACUGUCGGUGCUAUGCCUUCAUCUACAGAGGCGGUGAACGAGCAUCAGCAGCGCGGCGAAUACCGAGCAAGGGCUUUGCCAAUGGGACUCUAUCACUGAGAGCACAGCCCCCCCCCCCCCCCCACCCCCGCUGUGUAUUCACCAACUUUUGAAAAGAAAACCAGAAGCCAUUAAAAAAAGAAAACUACAAAAAAAGAGACAAAUGCCAAAAUGUCUUGGACUUUUGCAGAGGACAUGUUUUAUUGUGUGUUUGUAUUAGCACUGUUUAUAUUGAGAGAAAAACUCAUGAUUGUGUUCAUAUGUACAGUUCACCGUUGAUUCAUAGGCAUCUAUAGCAUAUUAGGCUUCAAUGGGAAAAAGCUCAGGUUCAAAGGUCGGGUAUGGACGGAGGAACACGCCAAUAUCAGUACAAACAAACACAACAACACUGCAACAAUUCACACUAAUCAGCAGCCUGUGCCAAAGCUGAAAAAAAACGCAUUAUCGUUUGGAUUAUUUUUGCGGUCGUGUUGGUGAUGAAAAUGUUCUGUUUGGUUUUGUCUAUUAUUUGACUAUAUACUUGUUUUUUUUUGGGGGGGGGGGUAGGGGGAGGGAGGGGUCUCAGGGGGCAGAGGAGUUUGUAAUAAAAUAAAUAUACAAAUUAAAGCUGAGGCACUUGCAUUGUAAUCCGAUCACUCCUGUAAUAUCACAGCACUGGUAGAGUCUCGCUGCCCUUUGUGUCAUUCGAUCAGUGUUUAUGAUUUCACCAUCAGUCUAUAAACUUCUCACACGAUGUUACCACACAGCUCAUCUUCACUCUUGUUUUCAAUUUAGUCAUGAUUGUCAAUAUUGGACCUUUUUUUUUUUUUUUUUGAAUUUGGGGAAGGGGGGGAAUAUUUUUACAAAAUUAGCUGUACUUGCCUUAGAACAAACAUUUUGUCACUGAGCAUUUACUGUAUCUUAUGACUGUGCCAUAAUCUCUCGUUACCUGUUAUAACAGGUAUUAUGUCCUGUCAGGAGAGGAAUUGAACUCACGUGAUGUGAAAAUGGAAAACGUGCACCCAAAUAAUAAUAAUAAUAAUAAUGUCACCGAAAUGCGAUGCAAGAGAUUUAUUUUAGCGCAUCAACUUAAAAAAGACGUUUUGUUAUUUAACAUCAUCAGCACUUUCAUUUUCCUUGGACCUCAUGCAAGUUCUUUUCCACUUCCUGAUGAUGUUGUCAUGUAGGGAAAAACCUCCUGGACUCAUUUGAGCUUAUCGUACCGAUACCGUAGAGAAAUGUAUCACUAACCUCUGAAAACCUCAGUCUGCGUUACAAUAAUAUCCCAGUUGGACUUAUGACUGUGACCUAGUUUAGGAAAAUAUUUGAAGAUGUUUUUUCUUUCUUUCUUUCUUCCCGUCGAUGGAAGCAAAUUCAGAUUUUUUUUUUUCAGACGACCUGUAUCACAUUUCCAACAUGGCACUGUGUCAUCUGGGACCGUAGAAAUCUGCCUGUUGGUAACAAAGCAAUUCACUGAAAGUUUAUCCCCCUCGACUUUUGUUUGAAAAUAUGGAAUAUCCAUUAACUGAAAUAAAAUUCUGUUGUUCACAGGA